AUGAGUAACCCUGCCCUCCAAGCAUAUAGAACGGCUCUUCGAGCAACACGAGUGGCCUUCAACGGCGACAACUUUGUGUUAAAAUCUGCAAGGGCGAAAAUUAGAGAAGGACUCCUCUCCAACCGAGACCUAGCGGACAAGAUGGAAGUGGAAAAAAAAGUGGCUGAACUUAAUGAAGUUGCACAGUUUUUGGUGAAAAACAUUGUCCAAGGCGAGAAAGAAGAGGGCAAAGACCGUUACCUUUUGAAGAUUCAUGACAAGACGGAACUCGGAAGUAACGAGACUAUUAAGCAAAGCAAGGCCAACUUGGGCAGUUUGGCUGGUGCCAAAGUGAAAAGAUGCUCUUAA